UGCCUCCUAGCCCCGAGCUCUCGCCGCUGCCUAGGGCGCCCCGGAGUCUCCGUGGAGGCGCGCCCGCUGCGGCUCCGGGGACCCGUGGGGCCUGGCGAGGCCGGCGCCGCGUGGAUGGCUGUGCUUCCGCGGCCCGCGCUCGCUCUCCUGCCCCUCCUCCUCCUGGCGGCGGCUCUCAGGGGCCAGGAGGAGGCCCAGACCACCGACUGGAGGGCCACGCUUAAGACCAUCCGGAACGGCGUUCACAAGAUAGACUCGUACCUGAACGCCGCCUUGGACCUCCUUGGAGGCCAGGACGGGCUCUGCCAGUACAAGUGCAGUGACGAAUCUAAGCCUUUCCCACGUUAUGGUUAUAAACCCUCCCCACCAAAAGGAUGUGGUUCUCCGCUGUUUGGUGUUCACCUUAACAUUGGUAUCCCCUUCCUGACCAAGUGCUGCAACCAACAGGAUAGGUGCUACGAGACCUGUGGCAAAAGCAAGAAUGACUGCGAUGAGGAGUUCCAGUAUUGCCUCUCCAAGAUCUGCCGAGAUGUGCAGAAAACAUUAGGGCUAGCUCAGCAUGUUCAGGCAUGUGGAACAACAGUGGAGCUCUUGUUUGACAGCGUUAUACAUUUAGGCUGA